AUGAAUCUGGCACGCCAUUCGAUUAGCUCAACAGCACCGGUCCUCAUAUUUGACGUGCGCUUCGACCCAGAUUGCCAUAUCUUCACUACUUCCACUCAGGCCGGCUUCGCAGUCUAUCGUGCAUGGCCUCUCCAAUUACUCCGGAAGCGAGAGCUUACAGGCGGCACCCUGUGUAUGGUGGUACCAUUACAUACAUCAUCUCUCUUGUUCCUAGUCGGAGGUGGUCGCAGCCCGCGCUACCCGCCGAACAAGGCUAUUCUCUGGGACGAUGCCCUCGGGCGGGAGGUUGCCGAGCUUGAGUUCAGGGAACGGGUGAGAGGACUUGCCUGCAGACGGGGCUGGCUCGCGGUCGCGCUGCGAAGAAGAGUAGUAGUCUUCAAGCUAGGAACGGAGAUAUCCAGGUAUGGCGAGUGGGAUACAUGCGAUAAUCCACGGGGCCUGCUUGCCAUCGCAACCGCUACACAUUCAACCCUGCUUGCUAUUCCGGGGCGUCAAAUGGGACAUGUACAGCUUGUGCACCUGCCGCCAUGCCCUCCUCCAGAGUCCUUGGAUCCGCCAUCGUCAUUGCCGCCUGGACCACCUCCACCCCCUCCCACGAAGCACCCAGUGUCUAUUAUAGCGGCCCAUACUACAGCUCUAAAUACUCUGUCCGUGCCUCCAUCAGGUCAUUUCCUUGCGACAACUUCUGAACGGGGCACUCUGAUCCGCGUCUGGGACUCGACGACAGGCACCCUUGUUAGAGAGCUGCGAAGAGGCAGUGAUAAGGCCGAGAUCUAUGGUGUAGCAUUCCGUCCCGAUGAACGGGAAGUGUGCGUCUGGAGCGACAAGGGCACUGUACAUGUAUUUUCCCUCGUCGGAGGGUCUGGAUCAUCGAAUCGACAAUCUACCUUCUCGCCUCUCAAGCCAUUUAUACCCCUCCCGACAUACUUUCACUCUGAGUGGUCCUACGCACAAUAUCACAUACCAUCGCAAUCAUCACAUAUAUCCCUAUCCGCUCCACCAUCGAGACCCCCUACUGCAGACGACAUCGAUGAGGAGAAAUGCGUCGUAGGGUGGAUACAGGCGCCUUCCAAUAAUCAGGACGACUCAUCUCAAGGCGCGAUGGAGCAUCAAUUAAUCGCAUUAACAUACACCGGAGGUUGGUACCGCCUCUCGUUACCUAGAUCAUCUAUACCGCCGAAGUCUGCGACACCGACUCAUCACCCUACUUCUGGCACCGUGAUUUCGGCGUCACCUCCCAGCAUCCGCGCCAUAUCCAUGACGCGUCCCCGAUCUGGCAGCGUCUCGUCCUUUGGCACCCGUAUUGACAAGGGCAAGGAGCGCGAGCGCGAGAGGGAAGGGAAGGAGAGUCGUGAGUGUGCCCUACAGGAAUUCCGGCGUUUCGGACGAUGGGACGGCUGGGGUUAG